GACGCUAUCCGGUGAAUGCAUGCAGGAGAGCGUAUAGCCAGGUUUUUGAACAACUUGCCCACUAUUCGAGCAACCAAUUUGAGUUAAUUUAAGAAAUUUGACUUGCUUUAAACGAUUCCAGGGCUACUGUAUACUCGCGUAUUAUAUCACCAAAUUGAAGAUUUUUGAAUUCUGACUGGAACUGCCAACCCAAUAUCGCAGUAAUUAACUGUUGGACUACUUGGACAAGAUGCAUUCUUAUGUGCUGGAGAGAAAACAGGUCAUGGGUGCAUGCGCUUUUAAUUAAAAUGAAAGAAGCUUACCGAAAUUACACACCUUAAUUUAAUGUAAGAAGUUGAUUGUCAGAAACAGCCGCUAACUACACCAUGCUUGCAUAACAAAACACACCAUAAAUAAAAUUAAUAUUGCAUCCUAAGUUAUUUAUAAGGCAUCAACUAGUAUCAACACAGAUUGCUAUACUGAAUACUACAAAGAGUUCCCAGUGCAUGCCUGCACAAAUUAUGAUCAACCUAUGCGUUAUAUAGAAAUUCAAACACGUAAUAAUAUUGUUCUGAAAUUGCAUGCAAUAACCUAACAGUCCCGAUUUUAAAAAUCGAUCAGACAGCCUCACAGACAUGCGGCCACGGUCGAUGAGCUGUAGUAGCAAUUUAUUUUAUUUAUUUUAUUUAUUUAAUAUAUUCGCCCAAAUCAGUUUAUAAAAUUAACAAUUUAAAUCGAAAAUAUUUACAAUAGUAGGGCUAGGAACCUUCUAGAAACUAUAAGGCUUUUGUUUAAGAUCCCUAGUUACAAUUCAAAUAAUAUAAUAUUAAAAGUUAAUACCAGUCCAAUUGUUUUCAAAGGAAUUACGGUGAUAUAUUUACAAUAAGGAAAGUGCGGAAAAGAUAUAUCAGACUAUAACAACUAUUUGGCUUUUCGCUUUGUGCCAAGAAUUCUACUUAUUUAAAUUUGACAGAAGAAAAUAUAUUUUCAUUGUAGAUUUAAAUAUUGGAAGAGAUCUAAUUUGCUUAUAUUGUGUCGGAAGAUUAUUCCACACAUCGAUGCCGUUAUUACCGAGCGUGUGUUUUUUAUAAUUUGUUCUAGUACAAUUUUUGUGAAGCAAUGAUGCGUUUCUUGUGUUGUAAUUAUGGAUUUCUUUGUUAGUUAAAAAAUAUUGAUCAAAAAUUUCUGGAAGAUUGUGUAGAUGAAAAUAUCGGAACAUAAAUAGACUUGUUAAGAAAUCAUUCAAUUUAUACAAGUUUAGUAUUUUAAGGUCAUUAAAAAUUGGUUCAGUAUGGUCAAAAUAGGAUUUGAAGGUCAUUAAUCUUACUAUCUUUUUCUGGGUACUUACUAAUUUUUGAAUGCGGGAUUUGUAAGCGUUACCCCAAACUAAAUUACAGUAUAUAAGAUAUGGAUAGACCAAUGCGUAAUAGAUCAGUUUUAAGGAAUUUAGGUUUGUAAAAUGUCGUAUUCUGGAUAUAAUAGCUGCAUGUACAUUUGAUAAUUUUUUUUUUAAAUAAGAUCUAUAUGAUCGCACCAUGAUAAAAAUUCAUCUAUAACAAUCCCUAAAAACGUAGUUUUUUUUACUUGUUUUAUAGUUUCGCUAUUUAUAGAAAUUCUUAAACGUAACUCUGAGCAUCCUCAGAGUAGCAACUAAGAUCAGUUCGUUACACCCGUUUUCAAAAUUACGGUUGAUAUAUCGGUCACUUUUGUGUCACACGGUCGCAAUUAAGGUGCAAAUUAUAGAAAAUAUUAUUCUUAUAGUCUAGCGCUGCGGGUUUGAUACACAUUUAAACUCAUCGUUAAAUGGUUCUUUUUCAAAUCUUUUAAAAGUCAUUCGGGAUACGAUGGUUUGUUGUUCUAUUAGUUUCUAUAUCAAGCUAAUUUUGGUUCAAUAUUAAAUUAUUUUGUAUUUAACUACCGAAAACUGCGGUUUAAAAGGGUUUUUUUUAUUUACGCUUGCUAAUUUUAGCACCUCGCGUGAAGUAAAACUGACAUUUGAAUCAACACUAUUGUCGUUUAGGUCAAGUAAUUUUAAAAAGGGGUGUAAACGAGUGUAUAUUGUAACAUUUUAACAGUAUUUACCCACGGACCCUACAUCGCAAAAACGAUUUUCAGUAGGGCCCUCCAAACAAUAACCCAAUAUCACAUGACACCAUACUAACUCAAUAUCACAGCAAUUAUACUUUUGGAGAGGACGCGCAAUCUUAAGUGCUGCCGGGAAAACAAGUUACGGGUGCCUGCGCUUCUAAUUAAACGGAACGAAUUUUACCCAAAAGACAUUCCUUGAUUCAAUGCAAACACACCCUCAAUGAUAAUGUCUUUCUGAGUAAUUGAGGUUUAUAUAAACAAAUAUAUCAAAACAGAUUGCUCUGAAUUGUGAUGUUUCAAGUUUAUAUCAUACACAACGAGAAAGAUUUUGCAAUACAGUCAGCAUCAUACUUCGGAUGCAAUUAUAUAUAGUGUUAUUUUUAAGGGGUUGAUUUAACUCCAAAAGCGGGUUUUGAAAAAUCAGACUAGAGGGGUUCACUUUUUGAGGCCAAAAUUAACCCCUGUUUUGGGUGUUAAAUAUAUCCCCAAUGAAAGAAGCUGUUUUUACCCCCACUUUGCUGCUUAAAAUAACUGCCAUUGUCCAGUUGAACCAUAGGAUGCCCAAUUUUACGGCGGGGCCGGCUGUAGUCCUCGAUGCCGAUCUAUGCAGUUUGGUCUCUUAAUGAAAAAUCAUAAUGCAAAACGGUUGGGUGUAAAAAUCGCGUGAUUUUAAAUUGAGAUAUUGCAGAAUAUAAACACGCUAGAUUAAUACCACACAUGAAGGUAAUGAACAAUAGAAAUUGUUUCCCUUAAUAUGUGUUCGUGCACAACUGUCCAAAUUAAUGAAACUUCAAUUCAUGAAGAGAACUUGACCUUCAAGACUGGCUUGUAAAAUUAAUCAAUGACAAUUUAUUCCUAUGGUGAUUAUUUGAUCAUUUCUUGGAAGGUUACUUGGGUGGUGUUUGUAAGGGGUUUUACUGGGCUAACCGCCGACUGAUUUAUUUCACAAAAAUCUUCCCUUGAGAAUUUAUGUCAGUUAAAGUUGACAGGCAUAUAUCACAGACAAAUUGCAUUUCAAUUUCCAUGUACACCUGUCUCAUCGAACUUUGCAAAAUAUGUAUCUAGCAUCAAUCAAAUACAAAUACAAUAAGAAUGAAAACCGUACGUUUCAAACUUCAUUUACAGUCACAAUUUACUUAAAAUAUGUACGAAAAUUUGAAAUGACAUGAAACUAUACGUAUGUUGACUAUGGUAAUUAUAACAACUCAAAUAUUUAAAAACUAAAAUGCAUCCAAAUCCAUCACGUUUCUAGCCUGUGUGGCAUAUGCAGGCUCAUUGAAAGAAGAGACUGCAAUAAUCUCAAGGAAAUUUGAUCACCGCCCACUAAUUGCUAUGAUAAUUUAUUUCCAAUCCAACCAAUCAUAUUCUCUGAAAUUCGUGUGCGUGAUGCAGUCAUUGCAGUGUGAGUGUAACUAAUAUACUUUAUUUAACUGUUGUAGUUCAUAGAGAGUAGCUCGAGAAUUCAAACUUUUAAAAAAUUGGCAGUUUAAAUUACGUAAAGUUUAAAGUACUGUAGAUAAAACAGAAUUUACACCGGCGACGUCGGUUUGGUACAUUAGUAUGUGAUAUAAUUCACUAGAACAAAACAUUUUGUCUUGAUAAACAGUUUGAAUGCUGUUACUCAACACUGACUAUUUUUAUAUGACUAGUGUCAGAAUGGUCUAAAUAGUAGACUCAAAAAUACAAUAAUUCGAGCAAUAAUUUACGUGUUAAUAUUAUUAUAUCAAAAUUUAUAUCAAAAUGAAGACAAUACCAUCUUAGGUCCAAACAUCACAAUAAAUUUCACAAUCUAACAAAAUAUGACCAGCUAUGAGCGAGUAUAUGUUUCAAAAUUGCAACGGCUCAACGGUAUGAACGUUUACAAAUUUUUCAAUGACAAAGUCUAAAAAUAUAUCGCAAUACAAGCUAAAUUGCACUGUAUAGUUUGUAGUCUGCUGUAAAACUCUAAACAAAUAAAGUAUGGAAUCUCCACAGUUUAAAAAUAACAUAAAUGCAAUAUUUGUAUGUAGAGUAGUAAGUUUUAUAAAUACUUAAAGCGACUGACAUGUAUAGUGUAUGCCAAACUUUAAUAUGAUACAUAAUUUGUCAAUCAUGCAGUAUUUCAAAUUGAUCGGACAUACUAGCUACUAGUACUGUAUUAUUUAGAGAAAUACCAACACGUGCAUUGGUAAUAUGUAUCAAUGCUCCUCGACUUGUCAGGGCAGAUAUCCAAGGAGAAAACCGGCCAAAACAUCUCAACGAUUUGCAGCUGUUCAUGCAGUUUUUAGUUUUAAACCCAAAUUCACAGUACUCUUUCAAAAUAUAUACGCUUUUAAUAACUUUUAUUGAAAGCGUAUAAACAUUGUUCCACAGAAGGUUCUAUAAUUUAUGCGUGUUUUGGCGUAUAAUUAAUAUUUUAGCCAACAGGAUUUUCGCGUCCUCUCACGGCCGUGAAAUACCAAUUUUUUUUUUAGAUUGUUGCAGUGCGUAUUCAAUGAGCCUGCCACGCCGGCUAUCACGUUUCAUAAGGUUAAGACAAAAUACGUACGAUUGUCUCUUUGAUAGCUUACACGUCUUUUUCUUAUUGGCUAAUUUUUUAGGAAAUGUUCUCCGAUUUAUAAUUAUCGGACUCACGCCAUUGUUUGUUUUUCAUUCAUGCAAAUGGAUCAAUGAUACAAAUUAUGAGGAAUAAAAGUAGUUCAAAUUAUGACCGUAUAAUUACUUCGGGAAUGCAUCAUUGCACCUCGAAUAUUUGAUAAAUAAAUAAUUUCCAGCCGACUUAAUUAAGUAUCCUACCUUUCGCCUCCUUAUCUGGUAUAUAUUGUCAAUAAAUAAACAUAUAUUUCCAUUAUGAAGACAUCGCAACUUAAAUAAUUUCGAUUUAUAUACCGAGGGUUCUUGCUUAUUGUAAGAUAUACAUUCUCGCGGGGCUGUAUAUAGCGCAGGAGGAAAUGUAUCCGACUUAAAGAAUUUUAAUUUGAUGCAAGCGAAAACCUUGGCAGUGAUACCUUUCCGCUAAAUAAUAUGGUAUUAAUUGAAGCCAGUUUUUGGAAGCAUGGACAAGCGAUUCGAUUGAUUAUUAUUAAUGAUGAUGAUAACUAGUAUUCAAAUCUCGUAAAAAUCAUUUAAGAAUUACUCUCUUUAUUCGCGGUACAUUGUUUCCGCUGCUUCGUCGCUGUUGGAUAAGGACGUGACGCUAUCCAGUGAAUACAUGGAUAACGUAACAAGGUUUUUGAACAACUUGCUCCCCAUUUAGGAAACCAAUAUGAACCCAUUUAAGCAAUUUACUUGCUUUGAACAACUUCAAGGAUAUACUGGCGUAUAAUAUCACCGAAAGAAAGAUUAUUGAAUUCGCACUGGAACUGCUAACCCAAUGUCACCGUAAUUAACUUUCGAAGAAGACGCAUUCUUAAUUGCUGGCUAAAAAAAGGUCACAGGUGCUUGGGGUCUUAUUAAUACCACACAUAGAGGACUAACGAACAAUAGAAAUUGUUUGUCCGAAUGUGCGUUCGGGCACAACAGUCCAAAUUAAUGAAACUCAUGAAAAGACUGAACUUGACUUUCAAGAAUUUAAUUUAAAAUUAAUCAAUGACAUUUUCUUCCUAUGUUGAUUAUUGUGUUGGAAGGUCCCGACUAACCGCUGACUGAUUUGUGUAACAAAAAUCUAUCUUUCGCUUUUGUAUGUAACAUAAAUCGACUAUUCGUUUCAAGGAUAUUUUGCAGCUCAAAUAUUUGAUAAUUAGAUACGAGCCAGCUUGGUUUCCCCCAACACUCUUGCAGUACACAUGCAUGUAUGCAAAUUAUGGAGAAACAGAAAUUUACUUCAAAUUUAGACUCUAUUUAAUAAAUGUUACAUCGCAACUAUUGAAUAUUUGAUCAUUAAAUACAAGCCGAUAUGUACUUUCCGUUGACACUCUUGUUUACUUGCUUUAAAACUAAAUUGAUUCAAUUAUAAACACUUGGAGAAAAAGUUCUAUUCGGAUUGAAAUUGUAUUUUUACUUCACAAAUGUAACAAUUAAGUCGCACCUUGACUACUUGACUACCAGUUUGUAUAUCAUUAAGCGCUAAACUACUUGAAAUAAGCACACACUGGAAGGAUAUGAUCAUGACCGGAAUGAACUUCAUCGACGACCCAUAAAUAGUUAUUAUUUAUUAAUUGGAUUUGUCCUUCGUGUUUCCUUAUAUAUAGGUAUCUGAGAAAAACAAAGUUAAGCACUUCAAAUAUAAAACAUUAUAAGUAUGUCAGUGAAAGUUGAUAGGCUUCCCUGACUUCUAUUUUCAUGUAUACUUGUCUGUCUUCACAUAUUAGUAUAUAGUGAAUGUUCCACACCGAACAUCGCAAAAUUUUACCAGUAACAUCAGUCAAACACAAAGACAACAGAAAUCAAAACCGUUUCGGACUUCAUUUUCAGACGUAACUUAUUCAAACGACGUAACAAAAAUUUGAAAUGACAUGAAACUACGUGUUGGAUAUGGCUAUUACAGCUGCUCAAAUAUUAUGAAAUUGAACUGGCAUCGAAAUCAAACUGAAGCAAUUCGACUUGCUUUGAACGACUUCCGGGCUAAACUAGCGUAUAACUAUAACAACAAAAUAAAAAUUCACUCGAACUCCUAGUAACCCAAUAUCACACUAAUUAACUUGCGGAGUAGACGCGGCUUUCGAGAGAGCAAGUCACGGGUGACGGGUGCCUGCGAUUUAACGGAAGUAUAUAGUUGAAUCUCAGAAUCCGCCGAAAACCUAUAUCAAGCACAUGCAUGCAUGCAUAACGAAAUUUACCCUAAAUAAUAUUCUCAUCCUGAGUUAUUAAGACAUAAACUAAUAUCAACACAUAUUUCUACUGAAAGUUUCAAGAUAAAAUUAAACUUUUUAUACUGAUCAAAAAACAACGACGAAGUUUUUUGCAAUGCAAUCAACGUCACAUUUUUGAUGAUAUAACUUUGUCAGUAUUUACUUUUUUGAACUUAUGUUAAAUGUUCAGUCAAGCUAAUUCGUACAAGGAAUUCACACUGUCAGCACAAAAUAUGAUCAACCUACAACUUGACACACAAUAAUAUAUUGUCCUAAAACUGCACUAAUAAUCUCACAAUCCCAAGUUUUAGAAAGCGACCAUACAUGCAGCCUCACAGACAUGUGACCACAUUCAGUGAGCUGUGGCAACAAAUUUCAAUCUAACUUGCUUCUGUUGUUGGGUUGCAUGCUAUAGUUGUUGACUCUGGCUUUCCGUAGGAUGGAAAGCUCAGGCAAAGAUAAAUUAUUAAUUUUACCCGACCCUGACCCUUGACUUUGUGGAUCAGUUGGUAGAGCGUCGGACUGGUAAACCGAAUUGCUCACGGAUAUGAUUUCCAGCCGACGUCCUAUACAGUGUUUUUCUACAUGGCCUGCCUGGAGAUAUCUUUCGAAGGAGCAACUAAGAUCAGUGCCCUUACACCCUUUUUCAAAAUGACGCGAACAUGGCGAAAAUAGAUAGAGUGAACAUAUCAGUUGACGAAGCACACACUGAGGAAGCGAAUAUUCAUUGUGUUUCACACGAGUUUGUGGCAAUACCAGUUAUGCGACCACGAAAAAUGCACGCGGCACUUCUUAUUUUAGUGAGUUUGUUAAAGAAUUGUGCCCACUAUAUGUGCUUUAUAUAAAAAAACUUCGACGGUUUUCAAGAUAUUUUUGUGUUAAUUAUUGUUGAUGUAUAUUUUUUGUAUGCUUUAUAUAAAAAGGUUUAGAAGAAUUUUAUAGUCUAGCGCAGCGGGUUUGAUACACAUUUAAACUCAUCGUUAGUAAACUACCUGAAAAAAGCACACACUGGAAGGAUAUGAUCAUGACCGGAAUGAACUUCAUCGACGACACAUAAAUAGUUAUUAUUAUUAAUUGUGCUUGUCCUUUGUGUUUCCUUAUAUAUAUAAGUAUCUGAGAAAAACGAAGUUAAGCAAUUGAUAUAUAAGACAUUAUACUGUAAGUAUGUCAGUGAAAGUUGAUAGGCUUCCCUGACUUCUAUUUUCAUGUAUACUUGUCUGUCUUCACAUAUUAUUUAGUGAAUGUUCCACAUCGAACAUCGCAAAAAUUUACCAGUAGCAUCAGUCAAAUACAAAGACAAUAGAAAUCAUAACCGUUUCGGACUUCAUUUUCAGACGUAACUUAUUGAAAAGAUGCAACAAAAAUUUGAAAUGACAUGAAACUACGUGUUGGAUAUGGCUAUUACAGCUGCUCAAAUAUUGUGAAAUUGAACUGGCAUCGAAAUCAAACUGAAGCAAUUCGACUUGCUUUGAACGACUUCCGGGCUAAACUAGCGUAUAACUAUAACAACAAAAUAAAAAUUCACUUGAACUCCUAGUAACCCAAUAUCACACUAAUUAACUUGCGGAGUAUAGACGCGGCUUUCGAGAAAGCAAGCCACGGGUGACGGGUGCCUGCGAUUUAACGGAAGUAUAUAGUUGAAUCUCAGAAUCCGCCGAAAACCUAUAUCAAGCACAUGCAUGCAUGCAUAACGAAAUUUACCCUAAAUAAUAUUCUCAUCCUCAGUUAUUAAGACAUAAGCUAAUAUCAACACAGAUUUCUACUGAAAGUUUCAAGUUAAAAUUAAACUUUAUACUGAUCAAAAAACAACGACGAAGUUUUUUGCAAUGCAAUCAACGUCACAUUUUGGAUGCUAUAACUUUGUCAGUAUUUACUUUUUUGAAAUUAUGUUAAGUGUUCAGUCACACCCGUUUAGCCUACACCUCAACGGGUAUUACCCAUAUGUUCUCAAUUGAGAAACAUCGGUAUUACCCGUGCCAGACUAUCGCCUGCGCUACCUGACGCUGACGCUUUCGCAUAUCAUUAUAUAUAAACCAAUCACAAUCGUCUUUCUAUCACACGUUCUUCUCGAGCAAUGAGCCGCCAUAUUUGAAAACAUUUCUAGCAGAUUUUCUAGUCAUCGAUGCAGGCUCUCAAUUCAGCUUGAGAGCCUGUUCGCAAGCUAGUCAAUUCAUUGAUCUUGCAGAGUGUGAAAAACUUUAGCCGCGCGAAAUAAAACCGUGAUUAUUUCCAAAACGAGUUCGCGGUAAGGUACCCUGAAAAUUUGUACAUGAGUAGAUACAUACUUCAAGAUUACAUGAUGGAAAAAUAAAAAAAAAAUUGUCGACAGAAUCUGUCAAAAAAGUCGAAAUCUAAUUCUAAAGAAUUGAGUCGACAGAUUUUUUUUAAACUUCCCAGAAAUGUUUCUCGACACUAACGUAACUGAUUAUUAUUUUUGAAAAAAACUCGAAAAACUGCGAUAUUUUCGGCUAUCAGUUUAUUGUUACCAUUAUUUGUCAUAGUUGUCAUGGAAACGCGACUUUUAUCAGAAUUCAUCUUGUUUGCGACACGUCUUGCUACGUGUAACAAUUAUAAGGGGGCAUUCAUUUUUUAGCUGGGGGGUGGGCCGGAGGAACUGAUGUCUAAUUCCAUGCGAAAACUUGGAACCCCCAAGACAAAAGUUGAUAAAAAAUUAUGACCCCCUAUUUUUUUUAUUGAAAAUUUUUUGACCCCUCAUCCUAACUAUUAAUCCACACGGUGCCGUUUCCAUAGCGUUUCAGGGCCGUAGGAAGCUCUUUUUGAUUGGGGGGCUGAAAGCGAGGGCCAAAGGCCCGAGGAAAUUUUUAAAUCUAGAGCCUCUGAAAUGCCAUUUCCUGGCCUUUGGGGGAAGAUUUGACAGAAUUCUGAUGGUCAGAAAACAGCGUUUUAGUAUGUCGAAAUUGACAAUUUGGUAGUACUAAAUGGGCGAAGGCAUAUUUAAUUUACUAUAUAUUGGAUAACUAGGAUAAGUUGCAGGAAACUGUGGGUACUAUCGUCAUUCUUUGCAGUUUGUCAUGGAUAAUGUAGCCGUUUUGGGAGGUGUUGCAUAUCAAACCAUAGAUGGGUUUGAAGUUACUGGGGCAAAUUAUAACCAUGCUGUUGACACUCUUAAGCAUCGAUUUGGCAGAAAGCGACUUCUUAUUUUGUCAUUAGUUAAGUCAAUUAUAAAGUUUGAACCUAGAGCAGAUGCAGAGGCAGCAUCACUCCGUGAAUUACAUGACACUCUAAAGAAUAGAAUCAGAGCACUAGAAGGAUUGAGUGAAUGCCCAAAAAAUCAUGCCUGUAUACUCCUCCCAGUAUUCGAAAUGAAACUCCCUCCUGAGAUAUGUGAGAAAUCGGAAUUGGAGAUAUCUGAUAUGGAUGACGAGAAAGUUGAUUUAGACCUGUUUUUUAAAUUCCUAAAUUUGCAGGUGGUCUCAAACAGGCUGGACAAAGAAGUGCCAUGGGGAAUAAUGGUGUUUCUCCAAAAGGGGGAAUGAAACAAACCAAUAGUUAUCAGGGUAAAAAACUGAAUAAGUCCGCUGAAGAAUCCCUGCUCUCUACAGCAGCUGCCCUUUUAACUGAGGUCAGCCAAGGAAUGAACACUACCAAGACAUGUGAUUUAUGUAAGACCGUUGGACAUGGUACUCCAGAAUGCCCAAGGUUUGAUGCGCAAACUGUGGAAGAGAGAUGGAGGCAAGUCAAAGAAGCUCGGCUGUGUUUCAAUUGUCUUAGAUCUACCAAUAGCAACCACUACUCAUAAGUGUGCCGACAACCGAAGUGUGGGGUCGAAGACUGCAAAGAACGCCAUCAUCGACUAUUGCAUCGCUCGAAAGCAGCAGUGGGUACAUAUAACAGCUUUGCUGCAUCCAAACGAGAUGAAUCCACACAGGUGUUGCUUCAGACUACGAAGGCAAAUUUGAUUGUGGAUGACCAAACCGUACCCGUCCGAGCGUUGCUGGAUUCUGGGAGCCAAAGAUCCUACAUCACAAAGAAGUUGGCUGAUAGACUUGAUCUUAGCGGUCCUACAGAGACUUUCAAUGUGUCAACAUUUGGCGAAACUAAACCCAAACAAAGAGGAUGA